AUGCCAGCGGACCCUGACUUUGACCAGCCAACCUCUGGACACAUCCACCAUGCCACCAAAGCCCAGCUUCCAAGUCGAAAAAGGCGGCGGAUCGUAACUCCAGGAUCGAUCGAAAACACAGAGUUCGACGAGCCUGUCUCUAGUUCUUACGACUGUCCGUCAGACAGUAGCGACUUCGAUGACAAGCGACUGUCUAAACCUCCCAAGAGAUCCAAGCAGGCGGGAGCGUCUAGGUCUGCGAUCAUCACCCAGCAAGCACGGGUUGUCUUGACGAACGAGGAUUCUAAGAAGCUCUCUGCAACUGCACCUCCCACUAGCAAAAACCCCAAAAAAUCAAAAUACGACUACUCAAGUAAUGCGUUGUCUCCUUUCCCGAAUUGGCCAGCUCCAAACCCCGAGACGGUUGAAACGGUGUUUCGCCUGCUGGAGGAUAAGCACGGCAAGAUCGAGAUCUCACAAUCCAAGCCUUCUUUAGGUCUUCGUAUCGAAGGCUGCAACCAGGACGAGCCGGCAUUGAUUGAUGCAGUCAUCAGAGCGCGGCUCAGCGCUGGUACCAACGACAUGAAUGCAUCUCGCGCUUUUAUAGGCAUUCUCACAACGUUUGGGAGACGUAAGCCUGGAACUGGCCCCGGCAUUGUCGACUGGGAGGCCGUUCGACUUGCUCCCUUGGAAAAACUCUAUGAAGCCAUCAAGACUGAAGGAAUGGGGAACGUCAAGAGUCGUAGCUGCAAGGCUAUCCUUGACAUGGUUCAUGAAGAGAAUGUCAUCCGGCGCCAAAGGGGGAAAGUUGCCACCAACUCAAGAGGCAUAGAUCUGCUCUCUUUGGAGCACAUGCGAAGCCUUUCGAAAGAUGAAGCAUUCGAUAAAUUCAUUACGUUUCCAGGGGUGGGACCGAAGACUGCAGCCUGCAUUAUUUCAAUCUGCAUGCAGCACAAUGCCUUCGCCGUGGAUACACACGUGUACCAAAUUUCGGACAGAAGGCAGGAGGCAGAAGUAGAAGUAGAUAUUGUUUAUGUGUGCUUUGAGAAGAUUACAUGCCACUAG